AUGGAUGAUAAGUCGACAAAGAACAUAGACGAGGGUGAUGAAGUUUCUGAAAAUAGUUCCAAGAUGGUAGAGAUCAACGCUAAAGUUGGGGAUUUUUUUGUAAGGAAUGGGGAUGAUGAGCAGUGGCUCGUGAACGGGAGAGGUGCAGAUGAGAAAAUAAAAAAUUCCACUAAUGCAAUUCAGAGUAGAGUGAAUGAUGAUGAUGGAGAUACGAGGAUACCAUUCCGGGGGGAAUUGGAUGGGCAUACGAAGAGUUCCAAGUUCAUGUCUGACAAAUUGGCAGAGAUAGAGGACCUCAUUUAG